AACGUUCUCCCGGGUACGUAAAUUUCGUAAUAAAAAGUAUUUAUUUAUUUAUGUCUUAAUCCUACAGCUUACAUAAAUUAUAUAUAAUAACAAACAGAUACACCGAAAAUAUAGCCAGAGAUGGAAUACAUAAUACAUUUAACUAAAAAAAGGUAUUGUACCUCGUUCUGCAUGUGUCUUCUAAAAAGUUAAGAAAUAGUGUCAUGGAUGUCCAAAUAGGUUACUGGUAACAGAUUGGCGAAUUUCAGGUUCGCAAAGACUAGUAUAAAAUGUAGGCCACAAGCCUUAGCAUAUCUAGAGGCACAAGUCUUUGUGUGAACUUUCGAAAAUCCUACAUCUCAUCUCAUGUCUAUGACCAUACUGAAGUAGGCACGAUCCUCCCGGCCCUAUAUAGGUAUAAGAUAUAACUUGGCAAGUAUUAAAAAAAGUUCUAAGUGCGUAAAUUUAAUAACUAAGGAUUCAAAUUAAUGAAUCUUAAUAAAUUUUAAUGAUUUUUUACUCCAUUGAACGAUAUUUCUUUAAUUUACUACCUCCAGGGUACUCUGGAGGAUUUGAAAAAAAGGAAAUGUCUCCCGAAAUAGAUAAUAUGUAUUAUGUCUAAGUUGUCAUGGUAACGUUAAUGCACUAUAUUCGUGUUCACUCUUGGUAACAUUGGCAUAUCAGAAUGUCAAAACUGAAUUUCAAAGAAGUAUAAAUCACAAUUUCUAAAUGGGUGAUGAAGAAGCAGCUACUCUCGAAGGACAAUUCUAUGAAUAUUCCAGGAUGUUAGAUAAUAAACGCGACGGUACUACCAUCACAUUAUAUCGGUCUGACUUUUGGAUGCGUCAAGCAAAGCUAUUGGAUGAUAGAAAGUUUACGAUGACUGAUACUGGAAUAUUAUUUAAUAAAUUUUGUAAGUCUGAAUUAGACUGGGAUGAGUGGAACCAGUUUUUAGAUGAGGUUUGUGAAUUAAAAGAAUUUGACCAAGAAAAAUGUCGUGAAACUCUGACCAAUUGUGGGCUACCCGGCCAAACAGCUGUAUUAGUGCCUCAAUAUAGAGAUUUCUUUGCGACUUAUAAACCCAAAGAAAAGUUGCCGUUUUAAUACAACCUGCUUCUUUAAAGAAAAUAAAGUUUUUAAAUUA